GCAGGGACCGCAUUCUCUAUGACAGUUUUACUUCUGUUUCCAAGAUGAAGGCAGUUCUUAUAGUUGGGCUAGUAGCGCUAUUGUCUGCAGUGAGCGCCCUACCCGUCGAUGAUCGCGUCAACGGUGAGAAUGGCUGGUACAUACCCAAAGAAGACGGCACCUUCGAGUGGAUUGAUUUGGACGAUGCGGAAGAUCUGUUGUCAAAGGGCGAGGAUAUCGAGGGUCGCAUCAGCACCAAUGCAGUCUCCUUCUAUCUGUACACCCAGUCCAACCCUACUAAGGGUCAAGAAAUAAAGGCCAAGGCAUCAUCCAUAGAUGAUUCGCAUUUCAACAAGGAUCAUCCCACACGCAUUGUUAUUCAUGGCUGGACACAAAGCUAUAAGGACUCGAUGAACACAGAAAUUACGAAGGCAUGGUUGUCUCGCGGUGACUUCAAUGUCAUCAUUGUCGACUGGUCACGUGCUCGUUCCGUGGAUUACGCUUCCUCUGUGCUGGCUGUGCCCGGCGCUGGUGCCAAGGUGGGAAACAUGAUCAAGUAUCUGCAGGAGAACCACGAUAUGUCUCUGGACAGCCUGUACGUAAUUGGUCACAGCUUGGGUGCCCAAGUUGCUGGUUACGCUGGCCAGACAGUUGGCGAAGGUAGAAUUCACACCAUUAUUGGUCUAGAUCCUGCCUUGCCUUUGUUUAGUUAUAAUAAGCCCAACAAGCGCCUGUCCUCCGAUGACGCCUAUUAUGUGGAGUCCAUUCAGACCAACGGCGGCAAGCUCGGUUUCCUCAAGCCCAUUGGCAAGGGAGCCUUCUAUCCUAAUGGCGGCCAGAAACAGCCCGGCUGUGGAUUGGAUGCCACUGGCUCCUGCUCCCACAGUCGCUCUGUGACCUAUUACGCCGAGGCCGUCACCCAGGAUAACUUUGGUACUAUCAAGUGCGGUGACUACGAGGCAGCCGUCAAGAAGGAUUGUGGCAGCACCUACAGCAGCGUUCGCCUUGGUGCCGACACUAAUGCGUACAUGGUCGAGGGUGACUUCUACGUGCCAGUGAACAGCAAGGCUCCCUUCGGCAAUAUCAACUGAGCAAUUGUAACGCAAUUAAAAAA